AUGAACCACCCUUCUAUGGAAACUUUUGAAGAAAGUGAUACUGAUGAAGAUGUCUUCCUAGUUGAUGAGAACUCAGAAGGCAAUAGUUCUCACACAUGGGACCUCACUUUAGUUGGUUUCAUCAUUGCAGGUAAACCAUACAGGCGUCAAGCUAUCGAUGAAGCACUUCUUAAAGCCUGGAAUACGAGAUUCCCAAUUACUGUCGCCUUGUAUGAUAAAGAUCUUUAUCUGUUCCAUUUGCAACAUGGCCUAGAUUUGCAAAAUGUCAUCAAUGAAGGCCCCUGGUCAGUCUCAAAUAAUCUCAUCAUCCUGGAGAACUGGGGCUCCAGCAAGGAUUGGAGUUUUACUCAUUAUCUUUUUUGGAUACAAUUGCAUGCAGUCCCAGAAGAACUUUUAAAUCUGGAUUUUGCUGCAAAAAUAGCAACCAGGUUUGGUUCGCCAUCAUCAGCGAUGAUUAUUCGCUCUUUUAAAGGUGGAGGCAGAUUGCACUACAUAAGGCUACGAGUUCUUUUAGAUAUUACAAACCCGAUCAAGCAACAUUAUAGGUUGCAAAGAAGGGAUGGAUCAUCUCAUAUGUUAUUCAUCAAAUAUGCAAAGCUUCCAUUGUUUUGUUUCUACUGUGGUAUCAUUGGUCAUGAAGAACAACGUUGUACUAAAUUAUAUGAUGAAGAACUUCAUCACCGAAGCAAUGUGCAGCGGUGGCACCUUGUCUAG